GACCGAAACGCGACUCAGUCCGCCCGAGAGUUGCGCAAGGUCAAGACCACAUGUACUGUUUCCGAAACAGUCACCCGCACAACGCCGCCAUGACAUACCGGCCACAAAUAAAAAGAAUAAAAUAAAAAAUAAAAAACUCACGUUCAAAACUAAAUUUGAAAUUUUUCGCGCGCACGUGUCCGCGUCCCGUUCCAAAUUUAAACGCGUGCGGCGUUUUCCCGCGUAUGCACGCCGUGGAAAUCUGUGCCGAUUAUUUUCACGUUCAGUUAUUUUGUAAGCUGUAAAAAGGUGUUAUAACUGUUACCGUUGGAAAUUAUUGGAAACCCCGCUGAGUUGGAAAAUUGCGAGGAUUUUUCUAUAGAGGGUUUGCGCGGUUGCCGCGGCGCGGGAGCGCGGGCGGGGCAGCGUCGCGCGCGCAGCAUGAUCGCCAGCUUCAAGGGCUUCUGGAAGGCGUGCCGCUAUGGCGACUUGUAUAUGGUGCUGGCGGCGCUGGCGGCGCAGUCCAUCAACAUCUCGGUGGGCUUCUGCCAGGGCUUCUCGGCGGUGCUGCUGCCCCAGUAUACGCACGAGUACCCCAACAUCACGUACGAGCAGAGCUCAUGGAUUGCAAGUCUGGGCGUGAUCUCUAACCCAGUGGGCGCACUGCUGGGCGGCAUGAUGGUGGACGCCGUAGGGCGGCGUCUGCUGCUGCAGUCCAUCGUGUUGCCCAACCUCAUCGGCUGGCUCGUCAUCGCCUUUUCCGAGACCUACGUCUUUCUAUGCGUGGGGAGGUUCAUCACGGGGUUUACUAUUGGUAUGUCAACAGUGUCAUACAUCUACGUAGCAGAAAUCACAACCCCAGAGAAGAGGGGUGUCCUCAGCGCCUUGGGUCCUGGGCUGGUAUCGACGGGCAUAUUCGUCGUGUAUUCCCUGGGAGCCUUCGUGCAUUGGAGGAAGGUCGCCGCCAUUUGUGCAGGAUUCUCCCUGUUGACGCCUUUCCUAAUGUACUUCGUGCCCGAGUCACCUUUAUGGCUCGCGUCCAAAGGACACAUGAAGGAAGCCUACAACUCAAUGUUCUGGCUCCGACAGAACAACAACACAGCGCAGCAAGAGCUGAUGGAGUUCACCAAAGAUCGUAAAUUAGGAGAAACAAUGUCCUUCAAGCAAAAAAUGGGACUCUUCAAGAGGCGGAGCGUCCUCAAACCAUUCAUCGUUCUAAUAGUUUUCUUCAUAUUUCAAGAGAUGUCGGGCAUUUACGUCAUUUUGUACUACGCUGUGGAUUUCUUCAAAUCAGUCGGUACCAGUGUCAACGAGUUCACGGCUUCUAUUAUCGUUGGGGGCGUCAGAGUGUUCAUGGGGGCAGUUGGGGCGUGUUUGAUCAAUAGUUUUAGAAGAAAGACUCUAGCUGCGACGUCAGGCUUUCUUCUUGGAUUAGCAAUGUUAGGUGCUGCAAUCUGUGAUAGUUUGGACGGACCUCCGCUAGUUAAAUUGGCGUGUGUGCUACUACACGUGUCGUUCAGUAUGGUGGGCUUCCUCCAGCUGCCCUGGAUAAUGUCCGGAGAGUUGUACCCUCAGGAUAUAAGAGGCGUGAUGUCGGGAGCGACGUCUUGCUGCGCCUACGUGUUGAUCUUCUUCAACAUAAAGACAUAUCCUCAGUUGGAGAAUUUAUUGACGAGUAACGGGACGUUAUACUUGUUUGGUGGCUGUGCCCUGUUGGGGGCGGCGUAUUGCUACUUCUUCCUGCCGGAGACUAAAGGAAAGACGUUGACUGAGAUCAUGAGGCAGUUCGAUGAGAAGAAGGAGGUUGACCCUGAGGUAGGGUACAAAGAGAAGAAGAAUAGCAUAGAAGGAAGACCAGUCCAGAGGAGGCACAGUGCAGGCGCGUCUGUUUCCUUAGAGAAAAGUGACAUUUUCACAGCAAACUGGGUCCUCGACAGUGGGGUAAAGACUUUAAAUCUGCGUGAAUAAUAUUCUUAGGUUGUUAUUUAGGGUUGUGUAAAGAAAUAUAUUUUGAUAUUUAUUUUGAAUGUGUGAUAUUAGGGCCGCGUGGCCCAAACAUUUGUGCAAACGUUGGUUACCAGUAUAAAGUUACUAUAUUUUGUGAUCAUUACCAUGGGUAUUUACUGAGUAAUUUUAGUAGUUCGUAAUAAUGUUACAUUCCUUAGCUUUAGUUAUAUUUAAGAGGUGACGUUAAUGUACUAAUAUUGAAGUUAUUUUAAGUACAAAUCUGAUUUAUAAAUCAGAAGCACUGGUUGCUAUGAAUUUAGGUAAAAUUUUGUAUUGUUUAUAGAUUUUUACGGAAAGAAUUGAAGAGUUUGAAUUGUUUAUUUAUAUUUAUCGUUAUUUGGCGACUGUCAAUCGAUAGUGAUUUAUUUUAGUGUUGAAAUCAAUUUUUGAUUGUAAAAAGUUUUAUUUACAUAAAACGUAAUUUUAUUACCAUUAUUUACACAACAGAGUGAAUAAGCUGUAAAUCAAAGAAGUCGGCAAUAAGAUAAGUUAUUACAAGUGAGUCUGCAAUACUUAUGCUGUGAUGAUGAAAGCAAUUAAUAUUAUUAAUAUACAUGUGUGAAUAAAAAAAGUGUUGUUUUCCA